AUGUCGUUCACUGCACUUAAUCAUGCUAAUGCGCAAGAAUACGAGAAUUUCAUCUUAACUCCUGAACUACUAAUAGGGAGGGACAAAAAAAUACGCCUGAAAAAAGAGAAGCUGGAGCCGCAAUUCACCGUACCCCUUCCCCCUUUUGUAGUCGUCUCCAUCAACGACCUCAGCCCUUCCCUAUUGUUCGUCUUCUUCAACGAAAACACACAGAAGAACCCCAAACCCAUCGUUCCUGGUCUCCUUCUUCAAUUCCAUCACAAAGCUGCCCUGAAAAACACCUUCGUUCCACGCCAAAUCCCACCCCGAAAUCUCACGAAAUCAGCUCCUAACUCACGCCAAAAUUCAGUGAAAACCAAACCCAACAGACCACCCCUCACGCCGGACAGUACACCUCAUUUUACCCACGAAGUUUCAUGGCUUCCGUCCUUUCCUUUCUCCAUUUGUGACGAGUUUCAGAUCUGGCCGAGUGUUUGGUUAAAUCCAGCGAUCCGUUUAGCCUUUGUAUGUUUUUGCUCCGUUGCUCUUUGCCGUGUCAGUCGCAUCCAUGUUAGAGCACACGCAGCGGGGAGGUUCCGUCCGAGCCAUUUGUUCGAUUUUCCGGUGCCGCUGAAAGUUCCGGUCCCGUUCAGUUGUUCUUUUGAUUUUCCUUUGGCUUGUUGGAAAUUAGGUACAAAUGCGUCUAGUGGCCCUGUGAGAGCAGAGGCGUGGUUAUUCACGAGGACUUAGGUGAGCUGCAAUUCCAUAUUACUCCGCAGCCAGCAGAGCAUCCUUAAGAGUUACUUAUGUAUUUUUCCUAUCUAAUUUGUAUUCGGGACAAAUACUGUAUUUUAUUUUAUCUUCCUAGUUGAUGCUCAUGCACUUGUGACAUCGAGUUUUGGGCUGAUUAUAGGUUGUUCAGUAUUGAAAUUGUUAGAAUAUUAUUA